AUGUGUGGGCAGAAGGUCAAGCGCAGCAGCAAACUGGAAGUUAAAGAGGUUGAAGGAGGGGAAACGGGCUCAGAGUUUGCUGGGACACUUGUCAUUUCUAAUGGAACCAUUUUCACAGAGGAACUCCUCAACAAAAGCAGUGUACAGUUUAAAGCACUGGCUUAUGACACUGAGCAGCAGAUAAAUAAAGCCUACAGGCGCAGUUCCCUUCAGGAGCAAUUUAAAAAUUGCAAAGUGAAUGAAUUCAGAGAGGGCAGUGUGGUUGUACACUUUGACCUUCUCUUCAGUGGUGUUGUGCAUUUAAACACAGCUCAGGAACAGUUAGUAGAGGGUUUGAAGCAGGGUGAAACUGGAUCUGAUGAUGGACUCGUGAUUGACACCAGCAGUGUGCAGGUCACAGAUAAAGAAAAUAUAACACAGAUACCAUCUACAACAAAACCAGUGAAGUGUCCAGAGGGACAGAAUGCAUGUGUUGAUGGCACAACAUGUGUUCCUGAAACUCAGUUCUGUGAUGGAAUACAAAACUGUCCUGAUGGCUCAGAUGAGACUCCGAGUAUAUGUGCAACAGUGUGUGAUGGACAGUUUCUUCUGCUUGGUCCGUCCGGAUCCUUCCACUCUAAAAACUUCCCCCUGGAUUAUGACAGUAACACAGCCUGCCACUGGAUCAUACGAGUGAGCGAAGGCUUUUCCAUAAGAAUUGCUUUUCAUAGUUUCUAUACGGAGGAAGAUAUUGAUGUUCUGGACCUGUAUGAGGGCACUGGACCUCUAAAAAAAUUAACAUACUCUCUCUCAGGCAGAUCACCUGGAAACAUCUGGCUUCUAUCUCAUGAGGCCACUGUUGAAUUUUAUGCAGACUUCAUCAACAACUUUCAAGGAUUCAAUGCUAGUUACAGGGCAGAAAAUAUCAGUCAACUUUCUAAUGAAGACAAGAUCAACUGUUCAUUUGAAGAGGACUUCUGUCUGUGGAGGCAAGACCAGGAGGAUGAUGGUGACUGGUUAAGAGUACAAGGCUCUACUCUUCCACCUGACACUGGCCCAAGCUUUGAUCACACAAUGGGCAACCAAUCAGGGUACUACAUUGUGACACCUCGGAGCCCUGGAAGUUGGGAUAAGACAUUACGUAUCUACAGUGUCCCUCUGUCUCCUGUAAAUGAAUCUAUCUGUCUACGAUUCUGGUAUCAUAUGUUUGGGGAAGAGGUUUGGCGUUUGGCGGUCCUGGUAGAGGAUGGAUCAGCAUCCACUGUCCUCUUCUGGAAAGAAGGGAACUAUGGGGACAACUGGAACUAUGGCCAAGUCACACUAAACUACACAACAGAUGCUGUGGUAGUCUUUGAAGCACAGAAGAAGGCGGGCUUUCUGAAUGAUAUUGCUCUGGAUGACAUCAGUAUAGUUCCUGGCUCUUGUUCGGAUGGCCUCCCUGACCCAACACUGGUCCCCCCACCCAUCACUCUCCCACCCAUUCCAACUGAUUGUGGGGGACCCUUUGACCUUUACGAAUCAAAUUCAACAUUCAGCUCUCCAAAUUACCCCAAUGGUUAUGGGAAUGAUGCAUCGUGUAUGUGGACUUUACAUGCUAUGGAAGGACACAGUAUCCAAUUGCACUUCCAAGAUGUUGCUUUGGAAGCCUCUCUUGACAUUUUGGAAGUUCGAGAUGGAGUGGAGCCCUAUUCAGAGUUGUUAGGUGUCCUAACUGGUGAUCGUUCCUUUCCGGACCUUUUCUCCACAACCUCUCAGAUGACUGUCAUGCUCUUCACUGACUCAUCGAGGAAUGACAAAGGCUUUCUAGCCAACUUCAGCACAGGUCUUCACCUGGGUCAACCAGAUCCAUGUCCAAUUGGGCAGUUUCAGUGCAGCACAGGAGUGUGUGUGUCCAGCGCCAGCGUGUGUGACGGGGAAGAAAACUGCUCUGAUGGCUCGGAUGAAGCUGAUUGUGUGCAUAUAAUAAAACAUACUCUCACUGGAGCCGAACGACUGAGACUUCAGGUCCAGCAUAACCUUUACACGGUGUGUGCACAAAACUGGACAUCUGAGCUAUCUGACUUCUUUUGCCGCUACUUGGGCUACAGAUCAGGAAAUUCCUCAUUCUCUAAUGCUAUGGAUGGAGAUGCUCCCUUUACUACAGUAGCUCUGAAUGCCAGUGGCAUGUUGGAUUUGAAGCCCAGUGACAAAUGUCUCGGUGAGAAGAUUACAUCACUACACUGUAACAACCAUCCAUGUGGUUCCCGUAAAGUGCCCUUACAAAAUGAGACAAAUGGAGACAAAGAGAUGGGACAGAUAGAAGGCAAGGUGGUGGGAGGACAGGAUGCCCAGGAAGGGGCGUGGCCAUGGAUUGUGUCUCUGCGAUGGCAGGGUCGGCACGUCUGCGGGGCCUCGUUGAUUGACAGGGAAUGGUUGGUUACAGCCGCUCACUGUGUUUUUGGAAAGAAUGUGUACCUGUCAAACUGGGCAGCUGUUUUGGGUCUUCACACUCAGUUUGGGACUGACGCCUCUGAGAGUCAAGUCCAUUCGGUAGAUCAGAUUAUUAUGAAGAAGCGCUAUAACAGGAGGACAAAGGAAUCUGACAUUGCCCUUAUGCAUUUACAGACACCAGCCAACUUCACAAAUUACAUUCAGCCCAUUUGCCUACCAGCUUCUGGAGAACAGUUUGGUGUAGGGAGGGAGUGCUUUAUUGCUGGUUGGGGAAAACUGUCUGAAGAUGGCUCAGUAGCUAAUGUGUUACAGCAGGCUGUUUUGCCCCUUUUAAACAACACACAGUGUCAAAAAUGGCUGCCUGAAUACAACAUUACAGAGCGGAUGGUGUGUGCCGGAUAUGCUGAAGGUGGAGUGGACUCCUGUCAGGGGGAUUCUGGAGGUCCACUGAUGUGUGAAGUGGACAAUCACUGGGUUCUUGUGGGAGUGACAUCUUUUGGGAAAGGCUGUGGACAACCUCAGCAGCCUGGAGUGUAUACUCGUGUCAGUGAGUUUGUUGACUGGGUGGUAGAAACACGACGUCUCUACUCGGACUGGAAGGGAUAA